AUGGCUACCACCACAGCCGUCACAGAAGAUACGAUCCCCGCGGGGAUGAAGAAGAUACACUUGGGAAGCUAUGAAGGCCCGACGUACAGAUUGGUCUCGACGAACCCGCCUCGCGACUGUACACCGGACGAAAUCCCCAUCAUCGACUUGACGGGUAUCCACGGCGACCUCGACGCGCGCAAGACCGUCGCCAGCGAGAUGCUGCAUGCCGCCAAGACGAGCGGCUUCUUUUACGUCAAAAACCACGGCAUCCCCGAGGACGUGACCGAGGCCGCAUACCAAAAGGGACUAGAAUUCUUCAAGCUCCCGGAGCAGGAGAAACGCAAGCUGACCUCGAACACGUCGGCGUACGGGUACUGCGGGUUCCGGGAAAUCCAGGCCAACAAGCACGAGACAAAGGACCGGAAAGAGGCCUUCAUGUUUCACUACGAGCCCGACUUCGACCCGUUGCACGAGGACCGCUUGGACCAGGUCCCCGCCCACGUCCGCCGUCACCUGCCCAAGGAGGACUUCGUCUGGGCCGACGCGGGCGACGACGCCGUCCUGCCGGGCUUCAAGUCCGCCCUCCUGGCCCACUGGCGCGACGGCCUGGCGCUGUGUCGCCGUCUGAUCCGGAUCAUCGCGCUCGCGCUGGAGCUCCCGGAGGACCACUUCGACUCGGUGACGACGUAUCCGGGCGGCGAUUUCGCCGUCAACUUUUACCCCGGCCACGGCGACGAUCCCGUCGAGGACCCGGACGAGGUCGGCGUCGGGGCCCACACGGACCUCCAGAUCCUGACCCUGCUGUGGCAGGACCGGAACAAGGGUCUCCAGGUGCUCAACAGUUCUGGCGAGUGGAUGUGGGCGCCGCCGGUGCCCGGGACUUUUGUCGUCAACAUUGGGGAUUUUCUCAUGCGGCUCACGAAUGACCGGCUCAAGUCGACUGUACACCGUGUGCUGCAACACGGCCGAGAGGACCGGAUCUCGAUGCCUUUGUUCUUCGGGUUCAACUUCGAUCAGAAACUCGGUGUGCUGCCUACGUGCGUCGAUGAUGAGCAUCCGGCCAAGUACGAACCCGUAACUUGCGGCGAGCUCAUCGCGAAGCGCUUGGCGGGCACGGAACUAACGCCUCGCUCCAAUGGCGCGUGA